GGCCCGCGCGGCGGCGCGCCCUGCGGCCCCGGACCGAACGAGCUGGGGCGCGAACGGCGAACAGAGGCCGAGCGCGCCCGUCCCGUCGCGCAAUGCUGCCCUGGACGGCGCUUGGCCUGGCCCUGAGCCUGCGGCUGGCGCUGGCGCGCAGCGACGCGGAGCGUGGUGCCCCUACACCGGCCUCCCAGGGGGACCUGCUAUUCCUGCUGGACAGCUCGGCCAGCGUGUCGCACUACGAGUUCUCCCGUGUGCGGGAGUUCGUGGGGCAGCUGGUUGCGCCCCUGCCCGUGGGACCAGGGGCCUUGCGCACCAGCCUGGUGCAUGUGGGCAGCCGCCCGCACACCGAGUUCUCCUUCGACCAGCAUGGCUCCAGCGCAGCGGUGCGAGAUGCGGUGCUGGGGGCGGCCCAGCGCAUGGGCGACACCCACACUGGUCUGGCACUGGCCUACGCCAAGGAGCAGCUGUUCUCCGAGGCAGCGGGGGCCCGGCCAGGGGUGCCCAAGGUGCUGGUGUGGGUGACCGAUGGUGGCUCCAGCGACCCCGUGGGGCCACCCAUGCAGGACCUGAAGGACCUGGGCGUCACCGUCUUCAUAGUCAGCACCGGCCGCAGCAACCGGCUCGAGCUCCUGGCCGCUGCCUCCACCCCAGCAGAUACACACCUGCACUUUGUGGAUGUGGAUGACCUGCCCAUCAUCGCCCAGCGGCUCCGGGCUGCCAUCCUCGACGCGACGCAGCCACAGCAACUCCGGGCCUCCGAGGUCACGUCCAGCAGCUUCCGCCUGGCCUGGCCGCCUCUAUUAGCUGCCCACUCCGGGUACUAUGUGCUGGAGAUGGCGCCCAGCGGGCAGUCAGGGAUCCCACUGCGCCAGCAGCUGCCUGGCAAUGCCACCGGCUGGGUCUGGACAGGCCUGGACCCGGACACGGACUAUGAUGUGGCGCUGCUGCCCGAAUCCAACGAGCAGCCAGUGGCGCCACAGCACCUGCGGGUGCGCACGCUGCCGCUCCCAGAGGAGGCCGGGCCGGAGCGCAUCGUCUUCUCGCACGCCAAACCGCGGAGCCUGCGCGUGAGCUGGACCCCGGCGCUGGGCCCGGCCUCGGCGCUCGGCUACCACGUGCAGUUUGGGCCGGUGCGCGGCGGCGCGGCCCAGCGCGUGGAGGUGCCGGCGGGCCAGAACAGUACCACGCUGCAGGGCCUGGCGCCCGGCACCGCCUACCUGGUGACAGUGACCGCGGCCUUCCGCUCGGGUCGCGAGCGGGCACUGUCCGCCAAGACCUGCACGCCCGAGGGCCAGCGGCGCGCGCGCCCCCCGCCGUCGGCAGCCGUGGCCCCGAAGCCCUGAGCCGGCCUAGCCAAGGACCCCUU